GUCUAAAACCGACUUACUUGAUAAAAGUGGCGUCGAAACAGCAUCUGGAGCUAGUAUUUCUUUUUUAAAAAAGGUUCAUUAAAUGUAGAAAACAAACUACUUGUGCCUAACUGGUAGAUUUUUUUAAGUUAACAUUUCUAAACAAUGGAGCCCCACAUGUUACUGCACGUCGCUAACUUCAGCACGCUGUUUGCGUGCAUGGUGCUAAAGUUCCCGCAGAUCUUCGUCCUGAUGAGAGCCAAACGGACCACGGGAGUCAGCCUCAACAGCCUCGUCCUGGAGCUGAUUGGGUUCAUUGUUUUCGUAACGUACCAGAUGUACUAUGACUACCCACCUCCAACAUACCUGGAAUAUCCCAUCCUCAUCGCUCAAGAUGUCAUCCUCCUGCUCCUGAUUCUUCACUACGAUGGCAGCCUGCGGCAGAGCCUCAUCUACGCCGUGCUGUUGUUUGGAGGCUGGAGGCUCCUCACUGUGGAGAGGUGGAUCAUUGAUCUGGCUAUGAGCCUGUGCACGUUCAUCAGUGCUGCCAGUAAGUUUGCACAGCUGCAGUGCCUCUGGAGCUCUAAGGACGCCGGACAGGUGAGCGCCCUCUCCUGGGCCAUAGCCACCUACACCUGUAUGGCGAGGAUCUACACCACCACGGUGACAACUGGAGACAUGCAGGUUCUGGUGCGGUUCGUUGCCAUGACUCUGCUGAACCUGUGGGUGCUGCUCACUGUGAUCUACUACCAGCGACGGAGCAGCAGAAGCUCCAAGAAAGACGAUUAAUCCGAAGUCUUGGGUCACCACACCUGAUAAAGUUCAGGUCUCGGAUCGUACUGGGUCACUUUAGCCACAGGAAAUCUUGAACGAUCAAACGGGCCAACGGUUAACAAUAAUUAAUAUCAGUUUUGGUUUGUGUUGAAUCCAAACGUUUUAACAUUCCAGUUUUUUGUAAUCUGACCAAAUAUUUGUUAGUAUUUUCCAUAAAUGAGCCAAGAGAAUCCAAGCUCUUCCAACUCAGGAUGACAAAAACUGUAUUUUUAUUGGGUUUUAUACGGUUUGUAUGGAAUUCUCUUAAACCUCUUGAAUAAACCAAACAUUUUAACGUUUUACAGCAUGAUUUGUCAUACAUGAAACCGUCAA